AUGAUGUACCCUGAUCCUCAACAGCAACACCACCAACAGCAGCAUCAGCAUCAGCAACAGCAACAUCAGCAGCAAGGUGGAGAAUUUCACAGGGGCCCCCCGCCGCAGGCGCCAAUGAUGCGUCAGCCGUCGGCCUCUUCAACUAAUAUGGCCCCAGAGUAUCACCACCCAUCUGGCCCCGCUCCUCCUCUUCCUCCUUACGAUGCUCAUCCUGAUGGUUUUGCUGCAAAAAGGAUGAGAAAGCUUACCCAGAGGAGAGCAGUUGAUUACACUAGCACUGUGGUGCGAUAUAUGCAGAUUCGAAUGUGGCAGCGUGAUGCAAGGGAUAGGACGGUAUUGCAACCUACACCAGCAGCAGCAAUUGAUAUGUUGCCGACAGUUGCCUAUUCAGAUAAUCCCUCCACUAGUUUUGCUGCAAAGUUUGUACAUACGUCCUUAAACAAAAAUCGUUGUUCGAUUAAUCGGGUCUUGUGGACUCCUACAGGGAGACGUCUUAUUACCGGCUCUCAAAGUGGGGAAUUCACUCUUUGGAAUGGACAAUCAUUUAACUUUGAAAUGAUUCUUCAGGCGCAUGAUCAAGCAAUCAGGUCUAUGGUAUGGAGUCAUAAUGACAAUUGGAUGGUCUCUGGUGAUGAUGGGGGCUCAAUAAAGUAUUGGCAGAACAACAUGAAUAAUGUGAAGGCCAAUAAAUCCGCUCAUAAAGAAUCUGUUCGUGAUUUAAGCUUCUGUAAGACUGACUUGAAGUUCUGUUCCUGUUCUGAUGAUACUACUGUUAAAGUUUGGGAUUUUGCACGUUGUCAAGAAGAGCGCACAUUGACUGGCCAUGGUUGGGAUGUGAAGAGUGUUGACUGGCACCCUACAAAAUCUCUACUAGUUUCAGGUGGGAAAGACAAUCUUGUCAAACUUUGGGAUGCUAAGUCAGGGCGAGAACUCUGUUCAUUUCAUGGCCACAAAAAUAUGGUGCUCUCUGUUAAAUGGAACCAAAAUGGUAACUGGGUGCUAACGGCUUCCAAGGAUCAAAUCAUUAAGGUUUAUGACAUAAGGGCUAUGAAGGAACUUGAAUCUUUUCGUGGCCAUCGAAAGGACGUGACUGCUCUGGCUUGGCAUCCGUUUCAUGAAGAAUAUUUUGUCAGUGGGAGUUUUGAUGGAUCCAUUUACCAUUGGCUUGUUGGGCAUGAUACUCCCCAGGUUGAAAUUCCUAAUGCACAUGAUAACAGCGUGUGGGAUCUUGCAUGGCAUCCUAUUGGUUAUCUUCUCUGCAGUGGUAGCAACGAUCACACUACGAAGUUUUGGUGCAGAAAUAGGCCGGGAGACACCGGUCGUGAUAAAUUUAACAUUGGUCAGAAUCAAGGUUUUGGUGAGCAGAACCCUGCUUUUGGUGGUCGCAUGACUGGUAACUUUCCAGUACCUGAAGGACCACCAACUCCAGGACCAUUUCCUCCUGGGUUGACUCGAAAUGAAGGAACAAUUCCAGGUGUUGGAGUUGCUAUGCCGUUAUCUCUUGAUGCAUCAACUCAGGGAGAGCAACAGCAACCUCAUGCACUUUCAAUGCCUUUAGGGGCUCCUCCUCUCCCUCCUGGUCCACACCCCUCUCUUCUUGCUUCUAAUCAGCAGCAACAAUAUCAGCAAAAUCCUCAACAGAUCCCACAACAGCAACAUCAACAACACCAAGCUCACCCACAGCAAAUGCCCCCUAUGCCUAUGCCACCUCCAAAUAUGCCACAUCUACAGCCUCCAUCCCAUUUACCGUUGCUGCCCCAUCCUCAUUUACAUCGCCCGCCACCCCAAAUGCCCUCACUCGGGAUGCCAUCAUCAGUGCCUGGAUCCUUGCCUAUGCCUUCAUCAGUUCCUACCUCACAUUCAAUGCAAAUGGGAAUGCAAGGUACAAUGAAUCAGAUGGUUCAUCCAUUGCCGCAAGGUCAUUACAUGGGCAUGAACCCAAUGCACUCAGGAUCCAUACCUACAAGUGGAGCAUCUGCACCUAUUGGAGGUUUUGCAAAUGGUAUGCCAAACAUGCAGGGCCCAUCAAAUGCAAGUGGAGGCCAAAUGUAUCCUCAGGGUGGCGCCUUUAAUCGGGGUCAACCUGGACAAAUUCCAAUGCAUCCAGGGUAUAAUCCCUACCAGACUAGGGGUCAGUCUGGUAUGCCUCAACCUCCACCAGGUCCGCCACCGCAUGGGCAAACACCUCAGUAG